CCCUUGUUCACUCCCUUCAUUCUCUUCACCUUCACAAAACUCCUGAACUCGGAUGACACAAUCACAUCAUUAAGAGAGAGAAAGCGAAAACGCUCGAACAAAAAUUCACAAAUUCAAAGAAAACCCCUCUUUCGUCUCAAGAUCCCGAGAUCUAGGUCAAAAUCAAAUGAUCCAAAACAUGGCAAAUCCUCAUAAUCGACAGAUUUAGAUCUAAACUUACAAAAUUCCGCCCAAAUUUAUUGUUGUCGGUGAAUUCUGAACUAUUCCAAUCUCCAAAAUCUAGGGUUUAGAAAUUUCAAUUUCUCGGCAAUGAGGUCGGCGCAAUCAUCGUAUAGAGAUAGAACACAUGAGUUUCAGAGCAUAACAGAGAGAUUAAAGAAGUCGAUUUCAACAAAUGGAGAGAAUAAUGUGAGCAGUAGUAGCAGUUUUGGUGGUAAUCAAGUUAAUGGACCUAGAUCCGCGGGUUCGAUCCAUUCGGAGUUCAAUAAACGGGCCUCUAAGAUUGGAUUUGGUAUCCAUCAGACUUCUCAGAAGCUCGCUAAGCUUGCUAAGUUGGCCAAGAGGACAUCUGUCUUUGAUGACCCGACUCUUGAAAUUCAGGAGCUGACAGCAGUCAUUAAGCAAGAUAUUACAGCACUUAAUUCAGCUGUGGUAGACCUGCAGCUUCUGUGCAAUACCCAAAAUGAGAGUGGAAACAUUUCCAGCGACACCACUAGUCAUUCUACCACAGUUGUAGAUAACCUUAACCGUCUAAUACAGCAACACGAGUUUAAAGAAGUUCUUACCAUGCAUAUGCAGAAUUUAAAGGUUCAUGAGAACAGAAGGCAGUUGUAUUCUGCAACCACAUCUAAAGAGUCCACCAAUCCUUUUGUUCGUCAGCGGCCAUUGGCAGCCAAAUCACCCAAUGAAUCCCCUGCUCCUCCAUGGGCCAAUGCAGCUUCAACUUCGUCCUCAUUGUUUCCGAGAAAAGCAGCAGAUGGGGAAUCUCAGCCAUUACUGCAACAACAGAAUCAACAGCAGCAACAGAUGGUUCCAUUACAGGACACCUAUAUGCAGAGCAGAGCUGAAGCCCUUCAGAAUGUGGAGUCUACCAUUCACGAAUUAAGUAAUAUAUUUACACAGUUGGCGACAAUGGUGUCACAGCAAGGAGAGAUUGCAAUCAGGAUUGAUGAGAACAUGGAGGAUACUCUUGCAAAUGUUGAAGGGGCGCAGAACCAGUUGACCAGGUAUCUUAGCAGUAUAUCCUCAAACAGAUGGCUGAUGAUCAAGAUAUUCUUUGUAUUGAUUGUAUUUCUGAUGUUCUUCCUAUUCUUCGUUGCGUAAAUGUCAUUCAAAGAACCUUUUUGGCUGAGUAUAUACGUUGAGAAAAAAUUUAAAUGAAAAAUAAAGUAAAUUGCUAUUGUAGAUUCGGCUCGAUCGAACCUCAUUUUAGAUUGCUUUUUUUUCAUUUUUUUUCCUUGGUGGAAGAGGAGAGUGGCGGCAAAGUUUAAGUGUUGGAUUGGAGUAGGUUAAUUUUUUUGGCAAAACAAUAUGUAAUAUCUCAUGAUUGUUGUAAGCAUUACUAAAUGGUACUUCUAGAUGACAGGUUCUGUUAGCUCUCUGUUCCUGUCUUUUCUCUUGGUUUUCGCCAUCACGUUAUUCAUUAUUUGAUUUAUGAGAAUGUAAUAUUGACCCCGUGGAUAAUAUACCUACAAGAAUUAGAGAAAAUAUAUUUUAUUUA